AUGAAAUACAGAUCUAUUGUGGUGCUUCAACUAGUUUUAACUGCUGUUCUCUGUUCCAAUCUUCCAAAGGAGGGAAAUGAAGAGAAGGUAAAGCUUCUUAGGAAGUUGCUAAUAAAGAAGGAAACAGAUCUUCUUCCUCUUGAAGACAAAGAGAAGGAUAUUUCUUCCGUCGGGGAAAAGGAAGAGGAAGAAAGCAAGGACACUGUCGAGGACAAGCAAGAGGAGCAAGGUGAAAGUGAAGAUGCUGCUGAAGAAAAGGAAGAUGAAGAGGAAGAUGUUGCCGAGGAAAAGCCGGAGGAACAAGGUGAAAGUGAAGAUGCUGUUGAAGAAAAGCAGGAAGAAGAGGAAGAUGUUGCCGAGGAAAAGCAAGAGGAGCAAGGUGAAAGUGAAGAUGCUGCUGAAGAAAAGGAAGAUGAAGAGGGAGAAGACGAGUACAUUAUCCAAGAAGAGGAUGCUUCCACCACCAAAGAAGGAGGCAAGAAAGAAAUUUCUAAAGCACGCAAGAUUGCCUCUUCUCUUGAAGGCAAGCUAAGGCUUCUUGUAAAGAAAAAGAUUAGGGGGAAGCUUCUUAUCUUUAAAAACAAGAACAAACUACCGCAAAGAAAGGUGAAUCCUAUUGUGUAA